AUGAAGCCGCAGGGGGAUGCGAAGGAGGAUCAGGGCAAGAAGUUAUUUGUUGGUGGUAUUAAUCACAAGACUGAGGAAAAGUCUUUAAGGGAAUACUUCUCCAAAUAUGGUGAAAUCGUCGACGUUGUUGUAAUGAAGGACUCGCACACUGGGAAACCUAGGGGUUUCGGUUUCAUUACUUUCAAGGAUGCGUCCGCCGUUGAUGCUGCCCAGAACGCACGUCCACACACCCUCGAUGGGAAGGAAAUUGACACUAAACGGGCGAUGCCACGUGAGGAAAGUAGCCCGGAAGUACAUGCUGCGGUGAAGAAGAUUUUUGUUGGGGCUCUUAAGAAGGAUAUUACCAGCGAAGAUUUAAAUGAGUAUUUCUCUACCUUUGGCACGAUUGUCGAGGCUUCCGUUGUUGUGGCAAAAGAUACUAAUGAGUCUCGUGGCUUUGGUUUUGUUACAUUUGACGAUACUGAUGCAGUCGAUAAGGUUAUUCUUGGCCGUCCGCAUACCAUUAAAGAUCAUAAAAUCGAUGUACGCAAAGCCCUCAGUAAGGAGGAGAUGGGCAGGCUUAGAUCGCGCCCGCCACGUCAAGGACCAAACUUUUGGAAUCAGGGCCCUCCUGAUUACCGUCAACAGGGUUGGAAUCAUGUCUAUAACCAGGGUGGGUAUGGCUCUAGUUAUGGUUACGGUAAUGAUCAAUAUGGCAAUGGCUAUGGAUAUGAUAACUACCAACAAUCUUGGGACUACCAGUCUGCUGAUUCAUUUGGAUCUUAUAGCCAGCAGCCCUAUGGCGGCGGUCCCAUGCGCGGAGGUCCUCAGUAUUCUAGACCAGCACCAUACGGAGGUCCAAAUUCUUGGGGACAGCAGCGUUAA